AUGCUUCACGGUGCCACUGCGCUUACGACGACCAAUCUCAUUCAAAAGAAGAGCCCAACUCCGCCGCCACCAGUGGUACCUGCAUCUCAACAACUCGAUGAGGCAUCAUCAUCCGCAGCUGAUGCAAAUUGUUAUGGACAGAUUAUUAGACCUGGAGUCCAAACUGGUUCACUUGGUGAUCCAGUUGCAAUCAGAACAAUUUUAGGCUGGUCUAUACUUGGUUCUGUAUCAUCUCAAUCUCAACAAUCACCAAGUAGAUCUCACCAUCUCAUCUCCAAUGAUCAACUUCAUGACUCAAUCGUCAAGUUUUGGCAAUUAGAAAACGUUCCAUCACAUCGCAACGAGCCUCUCACGGCGGAAGAAGCUGAAUGUGAGUCUCAUUUUCAAUCAACUCACUCUCGUGAUCACACUGGUACAUAUACCGUGCGACUACCAUUUAAAUCAUCAUCUCAACAACUGGGACAUUCAAUGCACAUUGCUACCAAGUGUCUCAAUCGACUAAUAAAGAACAUCUCACAAAAGCCUGAGUUCAAUCCUCUUUACAAAUACUUUCUCAUGGAAUACGAGUCUAUGGGUCAUAUGAAGAAAGUCGCAGGGUCAUAUCAACCAUCUCAUAUCACCUACUAUCUACUUUAUCACGGUGUCCUGCGAGAAGAAAGUACAAAAACCAAGCUGAGAGUCGUUUUCAACGACUCCAGUAACACAACCUCACGAAUCUCACUAAAUGACACACUUCACACGGGUCCAAAACUUCAGUCUGAAAUCUUUGAUGUCUUGCUGUACGUUAGGAGACACUAA